UGUGAACAGACUUGUGUGACGUGUUUAUGUCACGUGAGGUUCCCCGGAAGUGGGUGUACAGUUGUUAGCUUCGCCGCAAUGUAUGCUGUAAAAUGUUGCUGCCGUUACUGUUAACGUGUUUUUAAAAGUACUUUACUGUAGGAAAGCAACAAUGUAUUGUUCUGGUUGUCUCCUUGAAUAAGUAGUACGGUCAUGGCCAGUGACUGGAUACUUCGUUAAUGAAUCACACUUUCUACCCAAAUGGAAGUACAAUGCCAGACACAGUGAUGGCAGAGUCUGUGGUUGAUUACCACACACGCUUUCAGGCUGCUGUGGAUGUCAUUCAUAAACUCCCCAAAAAUGGAUCCUAUCGGCCAUCGUAUGAGGUGAUGCUACGCUUUUACAGUUUAUACAAACAGGCUGUGUGUGGACCCUGUGCAGUGUCUCGCCCUGGCUUCUGGGAUCCAGUAGGCCACUACAAAUGGGACGCUUGGAGCCGACUUGGAGACAUGAGCACUGCUAAUGCCAUGGCAGCAUAUGUGGAUGAGCUGAAGAAGGUAGCGCAAGAGGUCAUUGACACAAUGCCCAUAAAUGAGAAGACUGCCUCACUCUUUCACCAUUUUGAGCCUCUGUACGUGGUUAUUGACGACAUGCCGCGGCCCCCACCGUCGCUGCUCAGGCUCAGAGAAGGCUCAGGACAACGUGAGGGUUUGGUGUUGAACAGCGACUCUGAGAACGAGAUCUUCUGUGACUCUGUAGAUUCUGUGGAGCAACUCAGUAACCUUAAGAUACAUCUUGUCAAGUCUAACGGGCUUCAGAAUGGCCAUGAGGUCUUGGAGUCAUCCCUUCUUGAAAGCCCAAAACUCAAAAACCAGUAUGAGAGCAGACAGGUGGGGGCAGGUCAUGGUGGAGAGGGGGGGAAGGAUGCAAAGGAUCGGGAUACAAACGGAAGUCGAGCCUCUGGACAGGAAGGUUCCUACCACAACAGGAGAGAAAGUGGUGUUCCACCAAGCAGAAGAAGGCGUGGUGUGACUGGUGGUGCUGGCGGGGAUGAGCGUGCGGGAGGAGAUGGUUCUGAUGAUGUUCCAGAGAGUGGGCAUGAGACACAUCUUCAGCACCAAAUAAUUCUGGCUUUAAGGAAGCUCAAAUAUGACAUGAGGAUUGUGAUGGCAAGGUUGGAGGUGGUAGAGAGGCUCACAACUACACAUGCUUCUGGCCCAGAGUGGAGACCCUGUCUGCAAUGUGCCAGUGUGGCCUCUCCACAUCAGGAGAAGAAGUGGUGGCCAUUUGACCUGUCUUGUCAGACAGUUCUUCUGUUUAUGCUGUGGCCUUUUGCCGCUCAAGGUAUGAUUCAUCUACUCAAAAAGAUCCAGAGGAGAAGUCAAUUGUCUUCAUGACGUCAAGACCUUCCCCUCGUCACGGAAAUCUAUUCAUGUGGAAUAUGUCCUAUGACUAAAGAACGUUAUUCAGAGGAUCUUUCCCAGAGAAAAAGGAGUAAGGUUGAUGGACUUGGAACUGGAUUCUAAAGCUUACAGGUUACAGGUCUACAGCUCUAGAAUGUAGACCUGAAAAUAAAUGCAGAAACAAUGCGAAAUGACAAAGGAAAUGGAUACAUACACUUUUAACAUAACUUUUACCCUAUUUCAGUGGUUCUUAAACUUUUUUCACCAAGUACUAUCUUAGAAAACUUGGCUCUUCAAGUACCACCAUAAUGACCAACAUUAAAAUACAUUAGCGUAGUAGACCUAAAUAUUAAUAAAAUCAAGGCAUAGGUUUUAUUUAAAAAAGUAUAUUUGAUAUUUUGAGCCAUAUUUUGAACAGUAACCUGUGUUUUGAUAUCGGAAAACACAACACUGUGCUUUAAUCAAAUGAUUAUUUGGCGUACCACUAGAUUAAGCGUACGUGUACCACAGUUUGAGAAUCCCUGCCUUAAUUAAAGACUCUUGUAGGUGAAGCCGGCAAUGAGCGGAGAGGGAGGAGGGAUGGGAAGGGCAACACAGACACCACCUUCAUACUUUGCUACAAGUUAUCGCAGGGCUGUCCAAAGGUCGCGGGCGAAGUGUGGCCCACCAGUAUCUUCAGCCUGGCUCGCGAGACAACUUAAGUUAACUUCGAAGUCUGGCCCGGUGGUUUGUGUCGAGUUUAAUUUUAAUAGCAUGAGGGACAAGCGGUAGAAAAUGUAAGGAUGGAUGGACCGUUUGAUCGCUGCAAUCAUGCCAUCUUCUUAUAGACAGUGUUAGUAAUAUUGGUCAAUAACCAUAGUUAUCUAUUGAAGUUUAAUGAGCAUAGCAUCAAUUUAUAUGACCCAAUCCGAACAACAAUUCCAGCUAACGGUGCAACUGAACCAUAACCAAUACAGGGUCAACACUCAUGGUCCCACAUAACACUCAACCGUAUCACUGAAAUAUGUGGACAUUAUAAAACAAUGUCUAUUAAAAUUCUAAAAUUAUACCCAUUUUUCAAUUUGGGUGAAUUUACCAGGGGCAGAUGUUUUGAUUUCAGAAACUUGGCUUAGUAAGUCUAUUAAAAAUAAAGACAUUAACAUUAAUGGGUAUAAUGUUUACCGCACCGAUAGGCCAAAAUAAGGCGGGGCUGUAGCUAUUUAUGUAAAAUCUAGAUUUAAUGUGUCAAUUGUUCUUUCCCAGUCAAUCAGUAAAUUUUUGGCGCUGGAUGUAGAAAUAGUCAAAUCACUACAUAUUACUGUGGUUGAGUGUUUCAGGCCUCCAUCUGCUUCAAAGAGUCAUUAAAACAGCUUUUAGAUUACCGCUAGUUAAAUUACACUGAAUUAUUUAUGUCAGGAGAUUUUAACUGGGACUGCAGCUUCUGAUUAAUUUAAAAGGUUUUCUGAUUCUGUUAAUCUCACCCAGUUGGUCAAUUUUCCCACCAGGCCUAAUCCCCAAAUUCCAGAUAAAUCUACCUUGAUUGAUUUGAUUUUAACUAAUAUGCCUCAUAAGUUUUUUUCCUUGGGUAUAUCCUGUUCAGUGGCGUGCAGUCACUAGAGGCAGGGGAGGCACGGCCUCACCUGCCAUCAUGGAAAGAAAAAAAAAAGUAAAAAGAAAAAAAUAAUAAUUAAAUUGUUAUGUGUAUCCAGUGAUUAUACUAAAGUUAUUUUCCAUUUAACUUCACCAGUUUUAGAUUAUUUUUAUUUUUAUUUUCACAUUUGCCGUUCAAAUUCGGGGCGGUAUAGCUCGGUUGGUAGAGCGGCCGUGCCAGCAACUUGAGGGUUGCAGGUUCGAUCCCCGCUUCCGCCAUCCUAGUCACUGCCGUCGUGUCCUUGGGCAAGACACUUCACCCACCUGCUCCCAGUGCCACCCACACUGGUUUAAAUGUAACUUAGAUAUUGGGUUUCGCAAUGUAAAGCGCUUUGAGUCACUUGAGAAAAAGCGCUAUAUAAAUGUAAUUCACUUCACUUCACUUCAAAUACUGAGAAGAGACGGUGGGGUGAUCAGCAGCCAGUUGAGGCACGUCACUGAUUUGUGCCUCAACAUGGAUUGUGCGCAAUGACUCGGCUAACUGCUGGCCUGCUGUGCAGUGAGACCGUAUUGCUAAAUGAAUUAUAUUAUACAUUUCCAUAGUUUAAUUAGCUGAGGUAUAUAAUGUACAGUGUAUUUUGUCAACAACUGUAUGUGUGUAACGUAUUUUUAGGGCUGAGCGAUCAUAAAACUCUGCUGCGAAGACACACUGUGUGAGGCUCGUCUCAUAACCCCGCCUCCUGGUGCCAAGCAACUCCGCCGCAGAAUGCACCGCCCGACGGGAGCGCCGCGGCCACACCAACCAAAGCCCACACCCAAACCCUCCACGUGCAAGACCAAAUCCACCCAAAAAAAGUCACUUAACAAGAAGCCAAAAAGUGCAAAAACAACAAUGCUCGCGCUGCAUGAGCCGCGAACGACCGCAGGGACACAACAUUAGGUACACCUGCACUGCAGGUUCAUAUGUUUGUAAAUCUGACUGUGAUGAUGCAGUCGUGCCUCACCAGACAUUAACCUCACCGCACGCCACUGAUCCUGUUAUGAUUUAGACUUAGACAAACUUUAAUGAUCCACAAGGGAAAUUGUUCCACACAGUAGCUCAGUUACAAAGGAUGAUAAGGAUAGAAAAUAUAAUGCAUACAAGGGCACACAAAAAGGGCGAAAAUAAAAGGUAUAAAGUAGACUAAAAAUGUACCAUAAUAGCAGUAUAAAAUAUAACAUAUAUGUAAUAUUUACAUAUUAUAUAUACAAUAUAUACUGAUAUAAUACAUACAAUAUAUAAAAAAAUCCCAAUUACCAUGUACAAUAUUAAAGUAUAUGUAACAGCUGCAGCAAAAAAAAUGGGCAGCAGAAAAUAAAGAGUAGAUCCAGCAGAAAAUAUACAUUAUAAACAAAGAGAGGUAGCUAACAUAGAAACGGUCAGGUAAUAGACAAAUAUAAUCUAUUUCUGUAUGGCGAGUGAUUAUACAGCUGGAUGGAGUGCGGAAUGAAGGAGUUUUUGAAUCGCACAGUGUGGGAACGAAGCUGAAGGAGCCUGUUGGAGUAUGAGAUCCGCUGUCCCUCAAUUGUCUGGUGGAGUGGGUGGGCAGGAUUGUCCAUGAUGGCGAGCAGUUUGUCCUGUGUCCUAUUGUCCCUCACUGACACAAACGCCUCCAACUGCGUGCCAAUAGUUUGGCCGGCUUUCCGGAUCAGUUUGUCAGUUCGGUUUAAGUCCCUUUUGCUGAUGCUGCUCCGCCAACAAACCACUGCAAAGUACAGGACACUGGCCACAACAGACUGAAAAAAGAUCUCCAACAGCUUGCUGCACACAUUAAAGGACCUAAGCUUCCUCAGGAAAAAGAGUCUGCUCAUGCCCUUCUUGUAUGCAGCUUUGCUGUUGUCCUUCCAGUCCAGUCUGCUGUUCAAGCGGAAUCCCAGGUACUUGUACUGCCCCACUACUGCCACCUCACGGCCCUGGAUGUUGAUGGGCUCCACAGGGGUCAUUUUCUUCUUGAAGUCGAUGACCAGCUCCUUGGUCUUGUCCACAUUAAGGAGCAGAUGAUUCGCCUGAGACCACUCCACAAAGUCAACGAUCAGUGUCCUGUACUCCAAUUCCUGUCCCUCUCCGAUACACCUGACCACAGCAGAGUCAUCAGAUUAUUUCUGCAGCUGGCAGGACCUGGAACUAUACUGAAAGUCUGAGGUGUACAAGGUGAACAGGAAAUGAGACAGGACAGUCCCCUGUGGAGCACCUACAUCACUGACCACAGUAUCUGACAGGGAGCUCCCCAGUCGCACAAACUGGGGCCUGUCAGACAAGUAAUCAGUGAUCCAGGAGACAAUGGAUGAACUGACACCCAUCCUGAGCAACUUGUCACUCAUCAGAAUUGGCUGGAUGGUGUUUAAGGCACUGGAGAAAUUAAAGAACAUGAUCCUCACAGUGCCCCUCCCACCAUCCAGGUGAGAGUGAGCAUGAUGCAGCAGGUAGAUAACAGCAUCAUUCACCCCAACAUGGUCCUUCCCUGGACCCACCAGGGGUCUCAGCUGAGCCAGCACAAGUCUCUCGAGGACCUUCAUGACAUGAGACGUCAGGGCAACCGGUCUGAAGUCAUUCAAGCCCGAUGGAGUCAGCUUCUUGGACUAUGCAGGAUGUUUUCCAUAGCGCUGGUAUAUUUUCUAACUUCAGACUCAGGUUGAAGAUGAAGUGCAGGAUCUGAGUCAGCUGAGCAGCACAAGUCUUCAAAACCUAGGGGUUGACUCAGUCAGGGCCUGCUGACUUGGCUGGGUUGACUCUCUCCAGCUGUCGUCUCACAUGGCCAGGUGUCAGACACACCGGACUGGCUUUCUCAGAGGGGGUGGAAGUGGGGGGAUGUGAAACGGCAGUGGCGGGCAACAGUGAAGGAGUUUGUGGAUUGAUCGUCAAGGGAGGUGAGGACAGGAGUAGUGGGGGGAGGGCAAGUAAGGGGUACAUUGCAAAUCCAAAGAAAAGGUAAUUCAGCUCCUUGGCUCUAUCUACACCCCCAUCCAGCAGUUUGGCUUUGUUAUUGAAGCCUGUGAUAGUUUUCAUGCCCUUCCACACAUCCCGAGUGUUAUUCUGCUGGAGUUUGGCCUACAGGUUCCUUCUGUAUGCAUCUUUUCCUUCUCGCAGCUGAACUUUAAGUUGCCACUGUAUCCUCCUCAACUUGUCCCGAUCACCAGAUCUGAAGGCUAGCUUCUUUUUAUUCAGCAGCACCUUUAGCUGGCUGGUGAUCCAGGGCUUGUUUUUUGGGUAACAUCGGACAUUUUUUUGUAGGUAUGAUGGAGUCCUCACAGAAAUUAAUGUAAGUCUGUGAUGUAGUCUGUGAUGCUAUCAAUGUCUGUCCCGUGUGGCUUACAGAGCAUGUCCCAGUCUGUGGUCUCAAAACAGUCCUGCAGGGCGAGACAUGCUUCCUGGUUCCGCCUCCGCACUGAUUUUGUUGAGACAGGCUGUUAAAAGCACUGGAUUGUGAUCAGACUGUCCCAGGGGGGCAGGGCAGUUGCUCUAUAUGCAUCCUUUGAAUUAGCGUACAGUAGGUCCAGAGUUGUAUUGUCCCGUGUUGCACAGUGCACAUAUUGGUGGAAAGUGGGUAAAAUUGAGUCCAAAAUAGCAUGAUUAAAGUCACUCGAAAUGAGAAUGAGCAACAGCGGCAUGAAUGGUGUCUGCAGAAGGAGGUAUGUACACUCCGAUGAAGAUUACAGAAGUAAACUCCAAAUAAUAUGGUUGAAUUCCAACAGCCAGAAGUUUGAUGUCCGGCAUACAAACACUCCUUUACAGUAAUAUAUCCAGGAUUAUACCUCUCGUUCACCAAGAUGGCAAUCCCACCGCCAUUCUUCUUACCACUCGGGAGUGUGUCUCUAUCCCCCCGUGAGGUUGUGAAGCCGGGUAGAGACGCGAUGUUGUCCGGGAAGUCCGCGUGUAGCCAAGUCUCCGCAAAGCACAUGAUACUGCAGACGGCGAACUAUUUUUGAAUUCGGACGAGCCCGAACAAUUCGUCCAUUUAUUUCGCCAAAGACCGCACGUUCCACAUGAGGACAGAAGGAAUUGCCGGCUUAAAUUUCCUUCCCCGCUCCUUCAUCUGUGUGCGCUUUUUCCGUAGUUCCACGGGAAUGUCCAUCUGCGCUCCCCAUAGUGCUGGGGGCAAGGAGAGCCCAAACAGCUCCUCGCGUGUGUAAACUGAUCACAGCCAAACACAAAACGGCGCGAAAAGAAGAAAAAAAGUAACGAAAACACACAAGAGCGCCCAAGAACCAUUAUUAGUGGUUGAUGGAAAAGAUAAGUGAUAAAAAAAAAGGAAGAACAGUUGAGAAGAAUACCAAGAAUAAAGUAAAAUGAAGGAAGUCAAAGGAGCUACUGUGAUGUGCUGCCACUCUUUCAGGCGCACGUGACGUUUGAGUAAUCUUUGUGUUAUUGCUGCAUGUAGAAAUACUACGAUUCCGAAAUGCAAACCUCGUAUUGUUUAUAGAAGGAAUUUCAAUGAACAAGCUUUUCAUCAUGAUUUGUCUAUUGUGGACUGGGAACAUAUAAAUCUAAUACAGAAUUCAGAGCUAGCUUGGACAUUUUUCAAAGACAUUUUCAUGCAAAUUAUUAGUAAACAUGCACCUUUUAAGGAAUACAGAGUGAAGGGAUGAGAAAAUCCCUGGUUUUCUCCAACAUUGGCAAAGACAAAGUAACUCUGCCACUGAUUGGACAUAAUUUAGACAGCUUCGAAAUCAAUGCACUUCACUUAUCAAAAAGGCCAAACCAGAAUAUUUUUUGUCUGUCACCACUGAGAACUUAAACAACCCACAGAAAUUUUGGACAGUGAUCAAAUCUCUGUCUGUGAAUAAAAACACAGCAACUAUGAUUAUGAUCGAACUGAAGUCUUGAAUUGUUUUAACCACCAUUUUUUAUCGUCCGGUUCUCUAUUUGACUCAAAUGGGACAACUAUAGGGAAUCCUUGUACAAGCUCUCCCAUGUUUUCUGGAGAUCCUUUUAAUUUUGCUCCUUUUACUUGUUUUGAAGUGCAUAAAGCCCUAAAAACAUUAGACCUCACAAAGUCCCCCUGACCUGACUUGAUUGAGCCUUAUUUUUUAAAUCUGGCAGCUGAUUGUAUAGCAGAGCCACUUUCAAUUAUUUUUAAUCUGUCAGUUAAAAACAAAGACAUUCCAUCAGUUUGGAAAUCUGCUUUUGUCGGUCAUCCAGCAGUUCUUUCUAAUUAUAGGCCAAUAUCAAAUUUAUGGAUCUUAUCAAAAAUUCUGCAAUCUCUUGUUUGUGAUUAGUUGAAAGAGUUCCUCUCUUCAAAUAAAAUGAUUUGUAAAUAUCAAUCAGGCUUUAGGAAACAGCACAGCACCAUCACUGCAACAAUGAAGGUGGUAAAUGACAUCAUUGUAGGGCCUGAUAAAAAACAGAACUGUGCCUCACUUUUUAUUGAUCUCUGCAAAGUGUUUGACACAGUAGACCACGCUAUUUUAAAACACAGGCUGUUUCUCAUGGGACUGUCAGAACAUACGGUCACUUAGUUUUGGGGCCCCUCUUAUUUAUCUUAUACAUCAAUAAUCUCAAACCACAUUUCUCUGAAGCUAAUAUGCAUUUUUAUGCUGACGAUACAAUUAUUUAUUGCUCUGGAUCAUCUGUUGAACAGGCUGUUAACUCCCUGCAGAAAGCGUUUGUCGCUGUGCAGAAUUCACUUAUUGAUUUAAAACUGGUUCUCAAUGCUGACAGGACAAAAUGUAUGCUGUUUUCCAAACACAGGAAGGUGCCUCAAACAACCCCCGGUAGUGUCACUCUUAAAGGGAAUGUCGUACAAGUGGUGCAUGAAUAUAAAUACCUUGGUGUUUUCAUUGAUGACUCUCUCACUUUUAAACCUUUAUUGAUCAACUUGUGAAGAAACUAAAACUUCAAUUGGGUUUUUUCUUCUGUAAUAAGAGAUGUGUUUUCUUUUGGUGUAAAAAAAGCGCCUUGUCUCUGCCCCAUUUUAAUCUGUGCUAGAUUAUUGGUGAUCUUUUUUAUAUGAAUGCUACUCAUUCCUGUCUUCAGAUGAUGGACUGUGUUUACCAUGCUUCUUUGAGGUUCAUCAAAAACUGUAGCGCCAUGACACACCACUGUGACUUGUACUCUCGGGUGGGAUGGCCUUCUCUGUCCACCAGGAGGCAGUGUCAUUGCUACACUUUUAUUUACAAGGCUCUUCUGGGACUAUUGCCCGAUUACAUUUGUACAUUGAUUUCACAGAGGACUACAAACUCUUAUGCACUGAGAUCCAACGAUCAGCUGUUGCUCUCUGUUCCUUUUGCUCGCACUGAGUUGUGGAAAAAAGCUUUUGUCUAUGCAGCUCCUUGUGCUUGGAACAUGCUACAAAGAGACUGGAAGCUGACUGAAUGUUUAUCCUUAAAUGCUUUAAAAUAUAAACUGAGAACAUUUGAAGGAGCCUCAGUUACCUGUAACUGUUUUACUUGAUGUCCAUCCUGUCAUUUUAAUGUGUAAUGUGAAUGUAAUUGUAUGUGUAACUUUGCUGCCUCUUGGCCAGGACUCCCUCGGAAAUGAGGUUUUUAAUCACUGGGAUUUUUUUUCCUGAUUAAAUAAAAAAAAAAUAGAUACAAUUUUAAAUCGACUACAAUGUAUGAUGGGUAAUAAGCAAAACGCUCUCUCCACACUUUGCCAUGUUUGGCGCAUUAUAGCUGCUUGAUAUUUCUGAUUGACAACCCUUUUAGGAGUUGGUCUCAGAAGUAAAGAAGGUAGGAAUGGAACUUUCACAUACUUUUAAUAUUCAUUGUUUUAUUAUUUAUACUUCAUAUUGCAGUGUUGUCAGUGGCUCAUGUAGAGGGAGUUGUUAACUGUUAAAUGGCGUUCUUCACUGUUCAG